AUGGCUACGGAGAAAGAAAACUCCGAUGCCGUUGCCUUGUCUAAAAGCGAUUACUGCGAUGUUUAUCUUACCCACGAUUCGAUGAGCGUUCGAAAGGCGCACAAUAGUGGACGAAAUCAUCUGCGUAAUGUCCAGCAAUACUACGAGCAGAUCUCUAGCGAGCAGGCACAACAAGUCAUCGAUUCUAUAACCGCAUCGUACGCCGCCGAAGGCCAACAGAAUCCACUCAGCCAGCCCAUACACCCGAUGGGCGGCCCGGGACCAAUGCCUUUCGGCGCGUUCCCUCCCCCGGGGAUGCCAGGCAUGCCACCUCCGAUGGGUAUGCCUGGUAUGCCUGGUAUGCCACCACCCCAAUUCAUGCCUCCGGGAGGACGAGGCAUGCCGCCAUUUCCACCGCCUAAUAUGCCAGGAGGUCCAGGAGGCCCCGGUGGUAUGCCACCAAACAUGCCGCCAAGCAUGCCCCCAUUCCCACCACAAGGCAUGCCAGGGGGACCGGGAGGUCCAGGAGGACCGGGUGGCAUGCCGCCGUUCCCUUUCCAAGGGCCACCGCACGCUGGAUCUCCCCCGGGUGGGUUGCCUUUCCCGCCACCACAAGGAAUGCCGCGCCCAGGUGGUUUCCCGUAUCCUGGAUCUAGUGUCCCUGGUCCCGAACGAUAUUGA